AUGAAAGCAUUUAUAUCGACACUGCUAGGAUAUGACCCAAAGAGCAAGGAACUUGAAGGCGGUAUUCUUGGUCUAGUCAAAGGCUACUAUGGUUGUGUAGAAGCUCAAGGUCGAGGUACUCUUCAUUGUCAUAUGCUUGUAUGGGUAGAAGGUGGCCUAAACCCUAAUGAAAUAAGAGAUCGAGCUAUGAAACAAGGUUCAGACUUUCAAAAGCAGUUACUUGCAUUCCUGGACGAUACAAUAUCCAACUCGAUUCCACCUGAUCCUGAUCCUGAAAUGGAUAUUCCUUCGUCAAAACAUCAUCCAUGUACAGUUCGUGGUGUGAACUUCUCAAAAUACACAGAUCAUGAGGUGCUUGAGAAAGCUCGACUGAAAGAUUUGCAUCAUUUGGCUAAGAAAUGCCAAUCACAUGAACAUUCUAAGACUUGUUAUAAGUAUUGGAAAGGUCCACCAAACCCUAAAGAAUGUAGGUUUGAUCUUGAUCAGUCUAAUGUUUGUUUAGAAUCAUCUUUUGAUGCUGAAACUGGGGAACUUAGUUUAAGAUGUCUAGAUGGCAUGGUCAACAACUUCAAUGCGACAAUUAUGGAGGCUGUUCGAUGUAAUAUGGACAUCAAGUUCAUCGGCUCUGGUGCAUCAGCAAAAGCAAUCCUUUACUAUAUUACAGACUACAUAACAAAGUCGCAAUUGAAAACACAUGUGGCCUUUGCUGCACUUGAGUUAGCCAUCGCUAAACUUGGUGAAUUCAGUAUAAAAGAGGAUGACGUAACAGCACGGGCAAAGCGACUACUACAACGAUGUGCAUAUGCAAUGAUUUCACAUCAAGAGCUCUCAGCACAACAAGUGUGUUCAUAUCUCAUGGACUUUGAGGACCAUUUCACAAGCCAUACAUACCGAAAUAUAUAUUGGACAAGUGUGGAGUAUCUGAUAAACAAGAGUGAUCCGAGUCCAGAAUGCUAUCAAGAAAACAAGUCCACUGCAGCAACUGAACCAUCUUCAUCAUCAGAAAGUACUGAAAACUCAGACUCCAUCCCAGAUAAUAUUGUUGACAAUUCUGAAGACAUUGUUGAAGAUGAAGAAGUACAGAUCAAGAUUGCGGAUGAUGGACAGGUUCAGGCAUGUGGCGGUCAGGCUCUUGAUUAUUCAUUACGUGGAGAUGCAUUUAGGAAUAUAUGUCUU